UUUUAAAGACAUGGCAACACCAACUGCAAACAAUGAAAAUAAUAAUAAUCCAUCAAAUUUACCAAGUUGGAUAAAUGCAGAUAACUUUCAAAGUGUUCUAGAAGAAAAUGUUGAAGGAUUUAAGAAAAUAUUGAACUUUGAAGUUAAGGAGACAGGCGGUGGUGGAGAAAACUAUGCAUCAAUGAUGAUGAGAGUAAAAGUCAAGGCCGAACUUAAAGAUGGCUCCACCAAAGAUGUUGCUUUUAUGAUCAAAACCAUUCCACAAGGUGAACAAGGUGCCGCUAUGGUUUCGAUGAUGGGUCUAUUUCCGAAAGAAAAAACCAUGUAUGGUACGUACCUACGGGAGUUUGAAGAAAUGUAUCGUGCUGUCGGCAAGGAAGUCACAUUCGGUCCGAAAUUUUACACACUUAAAAAUGACCCUGGCGUUGAGUAUGUUCUACUUGAGGAUCUAUCCCCAAGAGGUUUCAAGAAUUUAAACAGACUGGAAGGACUCGAUAAGGAGCACACAAAAUCCGUUUUGAAGCUGUUAGCCGAAUUGCAUGCUGUGUCUGCUGUUCGCUACGAGGUGAAAGGUCAAUAUGACCCGACUUUAAUGAAAAGCCCAUUUAACGAGGAUUCACGUGACCAACUUGAUGCUUUAAUGAAAUCUUUAGUAGGGAUUCUGAAGACAUGUUACGGCAAACACGAAACUGGAAGAAAAUAUUUGGCAAUAUUGGAACCAAUGUUUAAUAAUUGGACUGAAAAAUACAUCCAAGACAGUAAAGUCAACCUAGAUGACUUCAAUGCUGUGAACCACGGGGAUGCGUGGUCCAACAACAUCAUGUUUCGGCACAAUGACGAAGGAAAAAGGGAGGAGACAAUUUUAAUUGAUUUUCAAAUGAGUCGCUAUUGCAACCCAAUAGUUGACUUAUUCUACUUCCUUUUGUCUUCACCGAAUUUAGAAGUUAAAGUUAACUGCUUCGAUGAGUUCAUAAAAUUCUAUCACGAUAAUUUACAAGAGAAUUUGAAAUUACUCAAUUAUCCAAAGAAGCUGCCAACAUUGAAACAAUUAAGAAUGAGUUUAUUAAAAUACAGUUCAUGGGCUAUUUCAACAACAACUGGUAUUAUGGCUGCUGUACUUCUGGAUCCAUCUGAAAAUGCAAGUAUGGAUAAUUUCUUUCAAGAGAGUGAAUCAGCCAAUGAUUUCAAAACGCAAUUGUAUGACAAUCCACGAUAUAUCCAGCAUUUGAAAGUUGUACUGCCAUGGUUGGAAAAAAUGGGAUAUUUAGAUGACUUUUACCGACUAAACGCUAAUGAUGAUGGUCGAAAACUGUGGGAAAAUCUUCGAAAGCUUGGAAUUGGUAAACAACGACAAAACAAUCUAAAUAAUAUUGAUAAAAACGGACUUAAUCGUAAAUUUUUAUCUACUCCAAACAAUGUAAUUUCAACUCAACUAUCCACUGAUUCAACAUUUCCUUUGAUAGACCCUGCAUUUAGCUUUUCAGGAGUGAGCAUUCUAGAUGUUGUGGAAAGUUUUCUUUCCAUAAAAUCCACUGCUGAAGGAAUUGAUGAAUUAAAUCCUGUAUUUUUGAAAUCAAUUUUGCCAAUGCUUUUACCCUAUAUUACCCAUAUUAUCAACACAGUUCUUACAACAGGAAUUUUUCCUCAGAAGUGGAAGAUGGUUUGUGAACGCAUUAUGCAAAAACAACUGAACGGCUCUAUAACCCGCAACAAUUAUUUGGUGCCAAUUCAAUCAGGCUUUCGCGCUCAACACAGCUGCACAACUGCACUUCUUAAAGUCAUUGAAGACAUAAGGACCGAAUUGGAUAAGGAUAAGAAUAAAAACAAUAUAAUGGCAUCUCCAUUUUUAAACGCUGAAAUUCCUGUUUGGGUGAACGAGGAACACAUUAAAGAUGUUUUGGAGGACAAUGUUGAAGGAUUUAAAAGCAUUAAUAAAUUCAAAGCCUGUCUAGCUGGUGGUGCUGGAGAGAAUUUUCAAUCGGUAAUUGUGAGAGUAGAAGUCAAUACGGAACUUAAAGAUGGAUCUACUCAAGAUGUUGGUUUCAUGAUCAAGACAGCUCCACAAUCAGAACAAGCUGCUAUGAUGCUCGCCAUGAUGGGUCACUUCCCCAAGGAGAAUCUGAUAUACGGAAAGUACUUACCAACAUUCGAAAAAAUGUACAGCGAAGUGAGCAGUGGAAACGUUACCUUUGGUCCAAAGUAUUACAAACUUAAGAAUAAUCCCGAUUGUGAUUAUGUUCUAUUGGCUGACCUUUGUCUUGAGGGUUUCAAAAAUGAAAACCGUGUUGAAGGACUCGACAGACAACACACCGAAGCAGUACUGAAGAAAUUAGCUCAAUUCCAUGCUGCUUCUGCUGUGGAGUAUGAAAAUCAAAAAGGAGAACUAGAACCGAUAUUGACGAAGAACAUGUUCAAUGAGCAAACAGCUGGAAUGUUUGCAGCCAUGAUGAAGCCGACUUGGGAAACAUUUGUAAAAAGCCUUGGAAACUAUGAAAUCGGUGCUAGAUAUGUCGAAAAAGCGGAAGCGAUGACUGAGGUUAUGAUGGAUAAGUUUAUAGAAUUUUCCAACACAAAUUUAGAUGACUUCAAUGUUAUAUGCCAUGGGGAUCUGUGGUCGAAUAAUAUAAUGUUCCAUCAUGAUGCCGAUGGGAAAAUCUUAGAAACUCGGUUUAUUGAUUUUCAAAUGUCCAGAUAUGCUUCGCCUGUUAUUGACUUAUACUACUUUUUGCUGACUUCUCCGAAACUUGAAAUCAAGGUUGCCAAUUUUGAUGAUUUUAUUAAGAUUUAUCAUGAAAAUUUGGUGGAGAAUUUAAAACUUUUAAACUAUACCAAGAAGUUGCCAAGUUUAAAACAAUUGCACAUGGAACUUUUAAAAAAGAAUGCUUGGGGAUUUUCAACAUUAACCAACACGUGUGCAGGGAUACUUCUGGACCCAAGUCUUUGUGGUAAUAUAGAGGACUUUUUAAAAGGGGGAGAUGCAGCAGAAAGAUUGAAAAUGCAGUUGUAUACAAAUCCAAGAUAUGUUAGACAUAUGGAAGCCAUUUUACCAUGGAUGGAUAGUCGAGGUUUAUUGGACGUGUAAAAAAACGAACAGUAUUGAAAUAUUUAGAUGCAACAUUAUUUUAACUAACUUGAAUUAUAACUUUAAUUUUAUUUAUUUACCUAUCGCUGUUGUAUGAACAUUUAAAUAUUCGAAAAUAAAUUCAGUUUUGAAUUCCA